AUGGGGAAGGGAGACUCUCAGCGGACGGGCGGCUCGCGAGGCGGGCGCGACCAGUUCGACUGGGACCAGGUGAGGGAGGACAAGCACCGCGAGAACUACAUCGGUCAUGCGGUCCUCGCGCCCAAGGGCCGCUGGCAAAACGGCAAGGACCUCUCGUGGUAUGCGAGGGCGCGCAAGGACGAGUCGCUUGCGAAUCUGCGGGAGGAGCGGGCGCGCGCGAGGGAGAUGGAGGACGACAUGAUGCGCGCCCGCCUGGGCAUGGCGCCGGCGAAGCGUGGGCCUGCGGUCGGGAGCAGCGAACUGCAGCCGCACGAGCGGGCAAAGCUGCUCGCGCGCGGCGGCGGUGGGGAGGAGGAUGGAGAGACGGGCGAGAAGGGCGACGCGCGCUUCGACGCGGAGAGGAUCAGCGGCGUCGGCUCCUUCGCGAUGGCCCGCCGCGCCGAGAUGGGCGAGGCGGGGCUCGGGUACUACCGCGAGGGCGGCGGGGGCGGCGAUGGGGAGGAGCGCGAGGAGCGGCGGCGCGCAAAGAAGGCUGCGCGCAAAGAGGCGAAGCAGGCCAAGAAACGGGAGAGGAAAGAGCGGAAGCAGGCGAAGAAGGAGGGGAAAAAGCGCAAGCGGCAGCGGGACGAGGGCGGCGGCCGAGGGCACGACUCCGACAGCGAGGAGGCGCCGCGCCGGCGGCAUGACUCCUCCGACUGA